GAGCCUCCACAAGCUUUGACCUGUGCUGUCACUCUGCAGACCAAAGCCAUAAUCAUGUCACUGAGAGAUUGCCAGGCGUGGAAGGACGCUGGUCUCCCACUCUCAACCACAAGCAAUGAAGCCUGCAAGCUGUUCGAUGCCACCUUGACUCAGUACGUCAAGUGGAAAAAUGACAAGAGUCUUGGUGGCAUCGAGGGCUGCCUGGCAAAGCUCAGGGCAGCGGAUCCAAGCUUUGCCAUGGGCCUUGCCAUCUCUAACGGCCUUGUGCUUAUGGGCACGGGAACCUCUGUGAAGCUGGACAAAGACCUGGACCUGGCUGUGAAGACCAUGGUGGGGCUUUCCCAGACCCAGACUCUGACACCUCGGGAGCAGCUGCAUGUGUCUGCGGUGGAGAUGUUUGCCAAGGGCUAUGUGAAAGGUAUCUAUGCUUUCGGACUGAUGGAAACCAACUUCUAUGACCAGGCAGAAAAGCUUGCCAAAGAGGCUUUAUCUGCGGAGCCGACAGAUGCAUGGUCAGUGCACACUAUGGCCCACAUACAUGAAAUGAGAGGAGAAUAUGAGGCCGCACUAACCAUCUACGACAACCACUGUAAGGCAUACUGCUGCCUCACACCAAGCCCUGGGCUUUUCUUCUUGUCCCCAGGGGUGUCCGUUGGUCAGCGGUGGCAGGCUGUUCUACCUGUGACCAAGAAGCACACGCGAGACCACACCCUGCUCUUCAAUGAUGCUCACUUCCUGAUGGCCUCUCUGGGUGCACGGGACCUCCAGACCACACAGGAGCUGCUGACCACCCUGCAGGAGGCCAGCAAGUCCCCAGAGGAGAACUGCCAGCACCAGUUGGCGAAAGACGUUGGGCUGCCCCUGUGCCAGGCCCUUGUGGAGGCUGAGAACGGAAACCCUGACCGAGCCUUAGAACUCCUCUUGCCAAUCCGAUACCAAAUUGUCCAGAUUGGGGGCAGCAAUGCCCAGAGAGAUGUCUUCAACCAGCUGCUGAUUCAUGCGGCCAUCACCUGCACCUCCAGCGUCCAUAAGAAUGUGGCCCGGUGA